AUGCAGGUGCAGCUGGGACAAGCGGAUAUAAAAUGCCCAAUCACAGAAUGCAGCGAGCACCUGGAUGAAACAACUGUCCUCUAUAACCUGCCCCAUGACGACAUCAUCAAGUAUAAGUAUUUCCUGGAACUCAGCCGCAUUGACUCCAGCACCAAACCAUGCCCUCAGUGCAAGCACUUUACAACCUUCCGGAGGAGAGGCCACAUUCCUACCCCUGCCAAAUUGGAGAACAAAUACAAAAUCCAGUGUCCAUCUUGCCAAUUUGUCUGGUGUUUCAAGUGCCACUCUCCCUGGCAUGAAGGUGUUAACUGCAAAGAAUACAAGAAGGGAGACAAGCUGUUGCGUCACUGGGCCAACGAAAUUGAACACGGGCAGAGGAACGCCCAGAAGUGUCCAAAAUGCAAGAUCCACAUCCAGAGAACAGAAGGGUGUGACCACAUGACUUGUUCCCAGUGUAACACUAAUUUCUGUUACCGUUGUGGGGAGAGAUACCGCCAGCUCCGGUUCUUCGGAGAUCACACAUCAAACCUCAGUAUCUUUGGAUGCAAAUACCGCUACCUCCCCGAGAGACCACAUUUAAGGAGAUUAGUGCGAGGAUCUGUCUGUGCUGGAAAACUACUCAUUACACCCCUAAUACUGGUUCUGGGACUGGCAUUGGGAGCCAUAGCUGUUGUAAUAGGUUUAUUUGUGUUUCCUAUCUAUUGCCUUUGUAAAAAGCAGAGGAAAAGAUCACGGACAGGUAUGCCCUGGUAAGGAUGGACCUUAUUCAUCGGAACUGAGCUGGUCCUGCAAGGGCUAUAUAAGCUUUGUGCAACAGAGCAAUACAGUGCUGGUAACAGCAUCGAAGCCACCACCCUGGAAGAAGAUUGGGGGAUCUCCUGCUGUCUUCCCUCAGACGAAAACACUACUGCAGACCAGAAAGCCUCUUUGCUCUGGUGCACUCUGAACAAGAUGGGCCCCCUGACUGCUGCUUUUUAAAUGUUUUGAGUUUUGUUGUUUUUUUGUUUUUUAAUUACUACUUUGGAGGGGUUUUUUGAGUCUAAGUUUCUGAACUAGACAAUCAAAGUCUCUCUUGUAGCCACAACUCUACUACCGAUUUGGCCUGUGAAGAAAGCAUUUAACUGCUAACAUGUGCUCCAUUUAACUUCAGUGUCGGCCUUUAAGGGGGAAAUGCUUAGAAGUGUUUGGACUCUUACUGUAUACUGAGCAUACUACUUUUGGUAUUAAAAACUACUCCUGUAAAUAA